AAUAAAACAUAUUAAAAAGAUAGAAUACCACCAAACCAAAUAUUUUGGAUCUGAAUAGGAUUUGUAUACCCAUACAUAUAUACUUAGAGUGUGAUUAGAGGAAUUAAAGCAAUGACCUUUAUAUUCUCAAACGACCAAAGUUUCUUCCUUUAAUCCUUUUUCAGAAGUAGAAUAUCAUAAAUUACUAGUCUUUGAAUCACAAUCCUUUGUUUUUGUUCAACAAUUAUUAAUCCAGUUCUAGGGUUUUAGCAAAAGCUCAAGGGUUUAGUUAAAUCCACUACCUUUGUUUAUGGAACGAGAAAAAUCAGCCAAGCUUCAACACUUACAGGAGUCCCUUCAGGCCAAUCCUGAAGAUUCCUCUCUUCAUUUCGAUCUGGGAGUUUUUCUCUGGGAGAAUUGGGAGGAAGACAAUGAAACACUCAAAUCAUUCAAAGAAAAAGCAGCUGAACACUUCUUAGCCUCCGCCAGACUCAACCCCCAAAACGGCGACGCAUUCAGAUACUUAGGGCAUUAUUACUAUGGCGGAGGAGGAGGAGGAGACUCCAUUGUUGAUCCCCAGAGAGCUGUUAAGUGUUACCAAAGGGCUUUAUCCCUUAAUCCUGACGAUUCUCUUUCUGGGGAAUCCUUGUGCGAUUUAUUCGAUUCAUUAGGGAAAGUGACCUUAGAACUCACCGUUUGUCGUGAUGCUUCUCAGAAAUCUCCAAGGGCCUUUUGGGCAUUUAGGAGAUUGGGUUAUUUGCAACUCCAUGAACGUAAAUGGUCAGAAGCUGUAAUUAGUCUUCAACAUGCCAUUAGAGGGUACCCUUCUUGUGCUGAUCUUUGGGAGGCUCUUGGUCUUGCUUAUAACAGAUUAGGUAGGUUUACGGCUGCAAUUAAGUCUUAUGGGAGAGCCAUUGAUUUGGAGCCCAUGAAAGUUUUUGCUUUGGUCGAAAGUGGAAACAUUUAUGUUAUGCUUGGUUCUUUCAAAAAGGGAGUUGAACAGUUUCGUCUAGCUUUAGAGAUUUCACCUCAGUGCAUAUCUGCAAAUUAUGGGCUUGCUUCUGGGUUGUUUGGUUGGGCUAAGGAAUGUAUUUAUCUGGGAGCUUUUCAAUGGGGUGCUACAUUGUUAGAAGAAGCAUCUAAAGUUGCCAUUGAAACUACAAGCUUGGCUGGGAAUUUAUCAUGUAUUUGGAAGUUGCAUGGUGAUAUUCAGCUUACAUAUGCUAAAUGUUAUCCAUGGAUGGAAGAGAGCCAGAGUUUAGAACUUGGUGUUAGUGUUGAAGAUUUUAAUGUCUCUGUCAGUACUUGGAAACAAGCCUGUUGUUUGGCUGCAACUUCUGCUAAACACUCAUAUCAGCGAGCAUUGCUCUUGACUCCAUGGGAAGCUAAUUUUUAUGCAGAUAUAGCAAUAAGUUCAGAUAUUGUCAAUUCUUUCACCAAAAGUUCUGAUCUUGACAUAAAUGUUUGGCAGCCACCAGAGAAGAUGGCAUUGGGGGCCUUGUUACUUGAACCUGAAAAUCAUGAGUUCUGGGUGGCUUUGGGAUGUUUAUCUAAUUUUAAUCCACUGAAACAACAUUCUUUGAUUAGGAGUUUGCAAUUGGAUGUCUCUCAUGCUGUUGCUUGGUCAUACUUGGGCAAGAUUUAUAGGGAAAUGGAUGAGAAGAAACUGGCAAGACUUGCUUUUGAUUGUUCAAGAAGCAUAGAUCCUUCACUUGCAUUACCAUGGGCUGGCAUGUCAGCUGAUUUCCAUGGUAAAGAGGCUCCGGUAGAUGAAGCUUUCGAGAGUUGUUUACGAGCUGUUCAGACACUUCCUCUUGCAGAAUUCCAAAUUGGUCUUGCAAAGCUUGCUGUAAUUUCGGGCCACCUUUCAAAUCCACAGGUUUUUGGAGCUAUCAGGCAGGCUGUGCAGCGUGCUCCUCAGUAUCCCGAGUCCCAUAAUUUAAAAGGGCUGGUUUGUGAGGCACGGUUCGAGUAUCAAACUGCUGCUACUUCCUAUAGGCUAGCACGUUGUGCACUCACCAAUCUUUCAACAGGUUUUACAAAAUCUCAAAUCAGAGAUAUAUCAAUUAAUUUGGCCAGAUCACUUUUUAAGGCAGGGAAUGCUCUUGAUGCUGUAGAGGAAUGUGAAAACUUAAAGAAAGAAGGAUUGCUUGAUGGUGAAGGUUUGCAAAUAUAUGCUUUAUCUUUAUGGAAACUUGGUCAAAGUGAUUUGGCCCUUUCUGUAGCUAAAACUCUUGCUGCUAAUGUUUCUACUAUGGAUCAUAAUUUUGUUGCUGCCCCUAUUAGUUUAAUCUGCCGAUUGCUUUAUUACAUUUCUGGUCAAGAUUCAGCAAUCAAUAUUAUUCUUAAAAUGCCAAAGGAACUGUUUCAAAGUUCAAAAAUUAGCUUUGUUGUGUCUGCCAUUCAUGCUCUUGAUGGAAGUAAUCGACUAGAGCCAGUUGUUUCGACUAGUCGGAAGUUUAUUAAAUCUCAUGAAGAUAUAUGUGGAAUGCAUUGUCUAAUUGCACUUGGUAAACUGCUGAAAAAUGGAUCAGGACAUUCUAUUGGGUUACAGAGUGGAGUGGCUCAUCUUAGGAAAGUUAUUCACAUGUAUCCGAAUAGUUGUUUGUUAAGGAAUCUACUAGGCUAUUUAUUGUUAUCUGGUGAAGAAUGGAAUGAUACUCACCUUGCUACUAGGUGCUGUAACGGGAAUGCGACUUGUUCUCCUAUCGACGGUUUGAAAUCAGCAUAUGAAAUUGUUGGUGCUGGAGCAGUUGCUUGCUAUGCAAUUGGCAGUAGUAAUCCAAAGUUUACUUUCCCAACCUGCCCAAAUCAAUGUCUGAAUGAACUUGGAACUGUCCAGCAACUGCAGAAACGCUUACGCCAAGAACCAUGGAAUAGGACUCUGAGAUAUUUACUUAUCCUCAAUUUACUGCAGAAAGCCCGAGAAGAAAGAUUUCCUCGUAAUCUAUGUACUAUGCUCGAGCGGCUAAUCUCUGUGGCUCUUUCAAAUGAAUGUUAUUCUGAGACUACUGAUCUGUCAUAUCAAUACGAAAAAUUCCAACUUCUACUUUGUGCUUCUGAGAUUAGUUUGCAAAGUGGGAAUCAAAAUGGUUGUAUUGAGUAUGCCAAAGUUGCUUCAACGAUUGCAAUUCCCGAUAGUUAUUUGUUUUUCGCUCAUUUGCUUUUAUGCCGUGCCUAUGCAUCAGAUGGUGAUGUUAUGAACCUUAAAAAAGAGUACUUAAGAUGUUUGGAGUUGGAGACAGAUUGUGAUAUUGGUUGGAUUUGUCUAAAGAUGAUUGAAUCGCAAUAUACUUUGCAAAAUGGUUCAAAUAUCUUAGAGUUGUACAUGAAAGAUUGCUUGGUGGGAGAGAAGAAAUCAUGGAAUGCUUGGAUGGCUCUAUAUAAUCUAGUCCAAGGUUUAAUUGCCAUACAGAAACAGGACCUUUACUCAGCGAAGGAGUUUCUCGAACAAGCUUGUACAUUGUCAAGCGCCGAAAGCUGCAUACAACUCUGUUAUGGUUCCACCUGUUUAGAACUUGCCAAGGAAUGGGGUGAUUCGGAGUUGUUAUUGCUUGCAAUUAGAAGCCUUACUAAAGCUCAAAAGGCUUGUGUUAUUACUACCCCACUUCCUAUCAUCUCAGCAUUAUUGGCCCAAGCUGAGGGUAGCAUUGGCUCUGAUAGCAAAGAGAAAUGGGAGAAAAACUUGCGUUUGGAAUGGUAUACUUGGUCACCAGAGAUGAGACCUGCAGAGCUUUUCUUCCAAAUGCAUUUGCUUGCAAAAGAAUCAAGAGGUGGACCAGACUCUUCUUUGGAGUACUGUCAAACUCCAUUGAGAUGGGUUCUAAGGGCUGUUCAUACUAAUCCUUCUUGCAUGAGAUAUUGGAAGGUGUUGCAGAAGCUACUUGAUUGAUUAGUGAUAUAUCUCUGCCUUUGAAGCCUCAUCAACUUUAACUUAAUGCUAAUUCUCAAUUGAUCAUUAUGUUUAUGUAAAUUAUUACAUGUCUAUGUAAAUUAUAUCAAACUUUAUCUUUGUUUUGACAAAUCAGUUAAUGAAAUUUUCUCACAUACAAA